UACGCUGAACUGCCUGAAGAAAAGUGUAUAGAAAUGGGUGACAAGGAAAAAUUGAUCUCUGAUGAGCAAAUCGAGGGUGGAGUUGGAUCCGCUUCUUCAAAAAAUGUGCGAAAGGAGGAGGAUAACUUGCGAGGACCUUGGUACUUGGAAGGCGGAUUUCUUCUGUUCUGGGGACUCCUGUUCUUUGCCGUAGUCAUUCCACUUUUCUAUCAUCUUCCCAAAGGACUAACCAUCGAGGAUGCGUCCAAGGGAGUCUUCAUUGCCGAACGGGCUCACAACAAUCUAUACGAAUUCGAUCAGAUCGGAACCAAAGUUGUUGGCAGCGAUGGAAAUGAGAACAAAACGGUUGAUUUCUUGCUAGGAUUGGUUGCUGAAAUCCAGAAGAAUGUCCUCGACGAGUACUUCGAUAUUGAAGUCGAUCUGCAGGAGGUCUCGGGACAGUACAUCCAUUGGACCAUGGUGAACAGGUAUCAGGGAGUUCAGAACAUUGUGGUCAAGCUGAGUCCCAAGAACACCACAAGUGAAACUUACUUGCUGGUCAACAGUCACUUCGAUUCGAAGCCAACGAGUUACUCGGCCGGGGAUGCUGGUCAAAUGAUUGUCGCCAUGAUGGAGGUCCUGCGAGUUAUGUCUACAACAAAACAACCUUUCCGUCAUCCCAUUGUUUUUCUGUUCAAUGGAGCUGAGGAGAAUCCCCUGCAGGCUUCACAUGGCUUCAUCACGCAGCACAAGUGGGCCAAAAACUGCAAAGUGGUAAUCAACUUGGAUUGUGCUGGCGCUGGAGGUAAGGAAAUUGUGUUCCAGAGUGGACCCAAAAAUCCCUGGAUUAUUAAGUACUACAAGAAGAAUGUUAAACAUCCUUUGGCCACCACCAUGGCUGAGGAAGUCUUUCAAACUGGCAUCCUGCCCUCCGAUACAGACUUUGGUGUCUUUGUAACUUACGGCAAUCUUAUUGGUUUGGAUAUGGCUCAGUUUAUUAAUGGUUACGACUAUCACACCAAGUACGAUCGAUUCACCAAUGUUCCUCGUGGUUCCAUUCAAAAUACGGGAGACAAUUUGCUUGGUCUUGUGCGAGCACUUUCCAAUGCCACUGAACUGGAUGAUACCGCAGAAUACGCAGCAGGACACGCUAUAUUCUUCGAUGUUUUGGGACUUUACUUCAUCAGCUAUACAGAAAGUACUGGAGUAAUUCUGAAUUAUUCAGUUUCCGGAGUAGCAAUUGUUUUGGUUUUCAUAUCCAUUUGGCGAACUUCGAGCAUUUCCCAUGUAUCCCUGGGUCAUGUCCUUAGCUGGUUUAUUCUGAUCCUUGUGCUCCAGAUCAUAGCCUUUGUCCUCGGACUGGGUUUGCCAGUGGCCAUUGCCUAUGUUUUUGACAAAUAUGGACUUUCGCUCACCUACUUUAGCACUCCUGCCCUGAUGAUCGGUCUCUACAUUUGCCCAAGCUUACUUGGACUGAGCUUGCCUUCCUAUAUUUUCCUAAAGUUCCAUAAGAGUGAUAAGGUUCCAUUUGCCCAAAGAUUGCAGCUGGUUCUCAAUGGAAGCGCUGUGGUUCUGGCUAUUAUUGGCAUUGGAAUGAAUGUUUAUGGCCUGCGAAGCACUUAUGUGGUCACUUGGACACUCAUCUUCUACGUGGUUCCCUUGGCUUUUAAUUUGCUGUCCACCCUUCACGAUCGCGGAUUUUCAUGGACUGGCGUUCUCAAGGUCUUCCAAGUGGUUCCCUUCCUUUACAAUAGCUAUUUGAUUUACUGCUUCGUGGUGACCCUGAUUCCCAUGAUGGGACGUUUUGGCAGGGCAACCAAUCCCGAUUUGAUUAUCUCAGCUUUGAAUGGUUUGGGAACCAUUUUGGCUUUGGGUUUCUUGAUUCCCCUGGCCAAUAUGUUCCGUCGGCCCAGCCUGAUAUUGCUUAGUCUUUUGGCCAUUAGUGGUGUAAGCAUUUAUACGGCCACCUCCACCCAAAUUGGCUUUCCCUAUCGACCAAAAACCAAUGUAGAGCGUGUGCCUUACCUGCACGUGCGAAGAACCUUCUACGAGUACGAUGGCACCGUGGCCAAGGAUGAUUCCGGCUACGUGUUCAAUUUCCAGGAUCGUCGAGGACCUGCUCCUUUGGAGGCCUACAAAGUUAACCUGACUGGAUUGGUUAGCUUGACUGAUGAUUGUGCCAAGAUCAUGAUGUGUGGCGUUCCCCUGUAUGAUCAACGUUGGGUUAAGGCCAAGUUGUAUACCAUGUGGCUGCCUCGAGCGGAGGAAAUCAAUCCCCCAUAUGUUCCACAACUGGAACUCUUGAACAAAACCGAAUUGGGUAACAACACAGUGCGCUUGGAGUUCAGGACAAACACCUCGGAUCACAGCAGUGUUUUCAUUCAACCUUAUGAGGAUGUGAGCAUUGUAAACUGGUCCUUGCCCUUGGAUUACAUUGGAACAGAGACGACAUAUCACUUGUACUUCUCGUAUGGAAAGGAUAACUCUCCGUUGACCUUCUUCAUUGACUUUUGGAAAUCCGAUGGUGAUUUCAAGGUACCCCUUUCCCAGAUUGGGUUAAGUGCCCAUUUUAUUGGCAACAAGGGUGAUGCGAUCAGUCAGAAGUUUGCCAGUUCGCUCCCAGCGUUUGCUGCCCCAGUUGACUGGCCAGCAUCGUAUCAGCGGUUCAUUUAUUAGACCACCAGUCCUGGU